AUGGCAGUAUUGAAUCCAAAUAACUGGCACUGGGUCGACAAGAAUACCCUUCCAUGGACUAAAAGUUACUUCGAUGACAAAAUCAAAGGGUUUGAGGUCAAGAAGGAUAGUGCAGCUGGCUCGGGAUACAGGAUUGUCGAGAUCAAUAAGAUUACAGGUGAUUCCAACGUAUCGCAACGUAAAGGGAAACCAAUAUGUUAUUUCGAUUUGAACAUUGAAUUGAAAUUAGAGGUCUUUGAAUCUUCCAGUGAGGAAGAGGACGAGGACGAGGAUAAUGAUUUGAAUGGGACUGUAAUCCUUCCAGAAUUUGCGCAUGACGACACAGAUUUUGAAAUAAAAAUCAGUGGUUUGUCCAACGAUAUCACUAAACAAGUGAACCAAGAUUUUAUUCCUGAUUUAAGAACUGUUCUUCUACAAUAUCAAAAAGAUUUAUUAGAGACUCAUUCGCAGGAUCUAAGAGAAUCUUAA